AUAACUGUAGUAAUAGUAGUAAACGCUUACGGAAAUUUGCUUUGCCCCUAAAAAAUAACAUGGUGCUAAGAUUUGUCAUGUUUUACCCCACAUUGCUCUCUAAAGGUUAUAAUUAAGAGUAUUAUUGGGGCAUCAUAAAUAUGAUGUAUAUAUUAUAUAUUUUCUUCUGAUUCCGAUGACGCUUCAUGAGCUCUUUACGUCACCUCCCGGGACACGAGCCCGUCUGCUGCUGGGAGUGACUCGUUUAACGGCUCCGGUGCGUCAUCUUUGGGUUCGGUUCUCCCGGUGAGCGCGCGCUGACGGGGAUCUCCUCCAUCCCGCGAGCUCCUGCGGAUCCGUGCGGCUCGUCGACGGGACGGAAGCGCCUGUGAGUUUCUGCGCUUGGCGCGUUCCUGUGCUCGUGGUGUUCGGGCUGUAUGUCGGCGAGACUGUUUUGAUCCCGUCGCACAGCUUUUGUUGACGCGAAACUAAGACAGGAGUUCUUGCAGACGGUGUAUGUGUUAGAUGCUGUCUAGUGAGUGCACUGAAGAGGGUUUGAAGCGCGGCCCCUGUCCUCCGUCGAGAAGGUUCAGGAAGCGGAGGAUGAAAGGAGAGCGUGCUUCGAGCCGCCGUUCCUCAACAUCAACGUGACGUUUAAGAAUUUGGCGCCAGUUCUGGUCUUCUUCCGGUGAUCAUGGCGGAACCGGACCCGUCUCCGCGCUCCCCGCCGCUGUCGCUGUCGUUCCCGUUCCCGCGAGAAGGCAGCCGCGUCUGGGAACGAGCCGGGGAGCUCUCGAGCCCGCUGCCCACCAAGCGCAUGCGCACGUACUCUGCGAGCGUCCGGGCGAACGCGGGGCCCGUCUUCAAGGGCGUGUGUAAAGACUUCUCGAGGUCGCAGGGUCACGGACACAUCAGGCCGGCUCACGGCGGGGAGGACAUCUUCCUGCACAUCUCAGAUAUCGAAGGAGAGUACGUCCCCGUGGAGGGAGACGAGGUCACGUACAAGGUCUGCCCGAUCCCGCCCAAGAACGUGAAGGUCCAGGCCGUGGAGGUGAUCAUCACGCACCUCAAAGCGGGAACCAAACACGAGACCUGGUCGGGUCAGAUCAUCAGCUCCUAGAGAGAGAGCAAAGCAUCGUGGGAAGGCUUCGGAAAGCGGGCUCGACGAGUCAGAACCCAACGCAUCCCUUCCGAGGCUCUUAUGUUCAUUUCUCUUCGUUUUAAUGUUCAACCGAUGGUUGGGUGGAUCUCACUAAAACCUGCCCAGAUCAUCUAAAGGGAUCUAAAGGGAAACCUUUUAUUAAUUGUGCUGCGUUUAGCAGCCAUUUAUUCAUGCAUUUCUCACUUUUUAUACGUGCAUCAAAAUUAAGGACAACGUGCUUAUUGUCCUCAUAUUAUAUCUGAAAAUACCCUUGCUGCUAUUGAGGAGGAAUACGGGUAAAGUUGUGGAGAGGUUUAAGGUCAUUACAGACAUUGAUUGCAUGCAAUACAACUACAAUAUAGAAAGUGCACCAAACGGUUCAUUUGAAUAUAAGGCCACCGAUUGGUUUUAAUCUUGAGAAUCACUCAAAAUAAUAAUUCGAGGUUUUGUUUAAAGCACUGAGAAUGGAGGGGCAAUGCUUCGUUCUCUUAAGAGUCACAAUGCAAAAACGACGCAAAAAAUAAUAAAUGGCUUAAUUUUCAUUAUGCAAAAUAAUUCAGUUGUGAUUUGAGGGUGAAUAUGAGCCCGUGGUCCGGGCAGGUUUUCUCCGUUACACGCUGGAAAGCGUCGUGGACUAAUAUUGCACUUGAAACUUUAAAACCCAAAUAUAAACUGCCAAACUGACUUCGUCUCCCAGAUCUUUCUCGGGAGCUUUUCAGGUAAAAAAAAAAAAAAAAAAAGUAGCAUUUUGUAGACGGCUGAAAAACAACAGCCGGCUAGCAAAGCCGUUUCUUUCGACUUUAAAGCGUGUUGUUUUUAGUGUGUGUGUCGCUCAGAGGUCCGGUCACAUGAUCAGCGGCACGUUCUUCUGUUUUUUCCAGCACUUCUCAGAGCUCAGGUCACUGUACCACGUGAACCUCGCAGGACUAAUAAAACUAAUUCACGAUC